AUGUUGGCAAGUCAGAAGGAAGUAGAUGGUGAUUAAAAAAAACUCUCAUUAGAAGAUGGAAGUCUUUCUGUAUAAUUCUACUGUUUGUAGACUAUGUGGGGAAGAAAAUGAUAAUGGAACAUUGUUAUAUUCUAGUGAAGAAAAUAGCCAGAACUUAAGUGAAAUCAUUAAUACUUAUUUACCAAUCAAGGUAUCAGAUGACGGACAAUUACCACGGACCAUUUGUCCAGGAUGUACUAUUCAGAUAGAAGCUACUGUAGAAUUUAUAACCUUGAUAAUAAAUGGACAGAAAAUAAUAAGAGAGCUGCAUCAGCGGGAAAAGGAAUAUAAGAAGACAUUGUUCAACAAUGCAGUGGCAAGUGAGCUUGAGAUUAUCACCGAGAAGAUUGUUUAUGAGAUUAACACCAGCGAUGGCGUCUACCAAGUGGAGCACCCGAUCGCCCUCCAAGUGGCAGGCUUGGAGAAGCCCAAACGCAAGCGAGGCCGGCCCCCGAAGAAGCCCAAGAGUCCCGAGGAGUUGGCGCAGGAGGCCGCUGCCAGGCAGCAGGUUGAGGAGGCCAAGGUCAGCCAGAAAGAGGAGGAGUUGCAGGGGAAACGGAGGAGGAAGACUCCGACAAGAUUCAAAGAAGCUGUUCAGGGUAAAGAGCUAGAGCGGAUAUUCAAAGAGGAGGGAGUGACCGAUGGAGACGAGAGUGAUGCCGAACCUAAACCUGACGCCGACAAGCCGCCCGUGUCCAAGGAACCCGAGGUCAUAGGGCACAUGGAGGCCUCUGGAGAACUCGUGGUCGUUGUUAAGGGCAAAGGCCGGGGGAGGCCCAAAGGUCGCAUGCGUCCGACGCGCGAGCAGUGCGCCAUCUGCGGCAUGGAGUUCUCUUGCGUCGGCCGCUACAUGUCGCACGUGGCCGCGCACGGGCCCGUGCAGUACCGCUGCGGCUGCGGCCAGACCUUCCCCACCAGACUCAUGUUCACCACGCACCAGAGGACCGCCGCACACGAGGGGCAGACUGUCAUCCCGUGCGACACAAAGCUGCGGCCAGACCUUCCCCACCAGGCUCACGUUCACCACGCACCAGAGGACCGCCGCACACGAGGGGCAGACUGUCAUCCCGUGCGACACAAAGACGCAUGUAGCAUGCCACACGUGUCGCACAGCUGCGGCCAGACCUUCCCCACCAGGCUCACGUUCACCACGCACCAGAGGACCGCCGCACACGAGGGGCAGACUGUCAUCCCGUGCGACACAAAGAAUCCAGAGAACCCCCAAACAUCGCCAAUAAAGACGGAGCAUCCGCCAGAGCCGUCGGAAGAGCUGCCCUCAGUGGAGAAGCUCGUCAGCAAUGUGCAGGACGCCACGCUGCCGGCCGCCGUGCCGGACGCCGACACCACGGACACCGCGGAGGCGCCGGACGAGAAACCGGAAGUGACACGCGAAGCGACCCCGCCCGAGACCGAGGUGGAACCGGAACCGGAACCGGUCGUGCUCGGCCCGUCCGGCAAGCCCAAGCUCAAGUGUCCGCAGUGCGACAAGAUGUUCAGCAACAAGCAGAGCCGCUCGCUACACGUUAAGGCGGUGCACGAAGGCGCCAAGCCGUACGUGUGCGAAGAGUGCGGAGCAUCGUUCGCGUAUCCUCGCUCGCUCGCCCUACACGCUCAUUCGCAUCGGAGGGCUCAGCCCACUAAAGGCUUCGCCUGCGAUCUGUGUGGGAAGGUUUUGAACCAUCCAUCAUCCGUGGUAUACCACAAGGAAGCCGAGCACACGGGCCAGCGCUACGUGUGCGGCAAGUGCGGCAAACUGUUCAAACACAAGCAGCUGUUACAGCGGCACCAGCUGGUGCACUCCCAGGCGCGCCCUUACAGCUGCAAGAUCUGUAGCACCUCGUUCAAGACGAAGGCGAACCUUCUGAACCACGCGCUGCUACACUCCGGCGUGAAGCGUUUCGCGUGCGAACUGUGCAAGCACCGCUUCGCGCACAAGACCAGCCUCACGCUACACAUGAGGUGGCAUUCCGGCCUAAAACCAUAUACCUGCAAAACAUGCGGCAAGAGCUUCAGUCAAAAAGGCAACCUCUCCGAGCACGAGCGUAUCCACACGGGCGAGAAACCAUACCAGUGCGCGCAAUGCCCGCGGCGGUUCACCACGUCCUCGCAGCAUCGGUUGCACGCGCGCCGCCACCAGGCCGACAACGAGCGGCCGCACGUCUGUAACCACUGCGGGAAGCGGUUCGUGUGCCGCUCGUCGUGGCUGGCGCACAUGCGGCGCGAGGCGCGCGGCGCGGGCGGCGCGGCGCGGCACCGGUGCGCGGUGUGCGGCCGCGGCUGCGGCUCGCGCGGCGCGCUGCAGGCGCACCAGCGCCGCCACACGGGCGAGCGGCCCUACCGCUGCCCGCUGUGCCCCAGGGCCUUCGCCGACUGCUCCAACCUCAACAAGCACAAGAAGCAAGUGCACAAGCAAGUGAGCCUGCUGGUGGAUAAGGCCGCCCCGGCCAGCCCGCAGGACGAGCGAGUCAUCUACGUGGCGUACGACGUCGACUCCGGCCCCACUGCCUUCCACAUCGUCGAAUCCAACCAGAUGACGACAAUAGAAAACGACACAGUGUUAAAAGACACCCUGUACUCCGGGUCCUCGCUCCUGCGGAGGCCCGAGCCGGAGCCGAUGGAACAGCUGGAACAGAUGGAACAGGUGGAACACGUCCUUGAGGAGAUGGAACCCGUGGUGCUGGAGGAGAGCGAACAUAUGCCGGUGACGGACGAGCAGGGGAACCCGCUGCACUUCACGAUGCAGGACGGCACGCGGCUGGCUAUCACUUCAGCCGACGGGAAGUCCCUGCAGGUUAUCACUCAAGAUGGCCAGACGAUACCAGUAGAAAUCAACGGAUUCGCAGAUGAUGAGGAAAUAGAAAAUCCGGACACGAUAGUACACCAGCUCAACCUGCAGAAGACGGUCGACACGGACGGCGCCUCCCACGUCGCUCACUACUUCACCAUCGUCUAAACU